ACUGACUAUCACUCUGUUGACACCAUGCGGCUGCCUCCAUUCAUCAUUUCAUCCUUUCUUGAAGUCUGAUUCGUGUAAAGAGAGAAUUGCCCUUGGGUGCCAAACAGCUCUGACGGCCAAAAUGGCCAAAAUAAUGGCAGUGUGACACUCCAUCCAAGCAACAAUUGAGUGACCCGCCAUCGUGACAUCCGGUUCGUUCCUUCAAGUUUGUUGGUCGCCGAAGAUCUGGACGACUGUCGCCUUCCCACGCCAGAAGCUUUACCAUCAGUGGCUGUACAUUAUCACUUUCUCGAUCUGGAUCUUAUUAGCUAGUAGCUGAUCAAGCAAGAUGCCCGUCUUUGACCGUUGCUUUCUUCUGAGCGUGCUUGUGCUUCAAGUAUGUAGAGUGCAUGGCGAAUUUCGAUGGUAUUGUGACCUCCGGUACGAACCCAUUGUGGAACUACAAUGGAACCCCAGCAAACAGUCCUACCAACCGGUCCAUGACAGGAAAUUGUUGCAACAAGAAGAUUCACUACUAGUAUUACCAGAUGAGUUAUCUCCAGAAGAUCCAUCUUUGGGUAGCAGUGACGGCAAGGAGUGGCUCCGCGGUUCUUCCUCCCAGGAAGAAGAAUAUGGGGAUGAUUCUCAUUCAUCCUUCGAUUACCACAAUCAUCAGACGGCCCUGUCCGUCUCUAUUCAGGAAGAACAGAAUCGAGAUCUACAACAUCUAGACAACUCCAGCUGGUUCUACAACAACAACGAGUCCAGUGAUGAUGAUCGAGUUGUUGGUGGCAACAAUCAGAACAUCAACAACAACGACCAACCCAGUAUUGUCCGUGCGCGACGGUGUCCCUGUUGGAAAUCCCCCGCCCAAGGAGGAUCGCGACAAAAAGAUUUCUACUGUCCUCUCCCUCGCACGCAUUGUGGAUUGGGAAGUGGCUGGGCGUCGGUCCAAGAUGCUCACACGUCCCGAACUACCACGACCUUUUACUUUCGCGAUCCGGGGUGUGUCGAUAUCACCCGACCCGAAAGCUUUGCGCGAAAUGUAUGGCCCGUCGUGACUGUAUGGUACCUCGCCGUUGUUUUGUGCCUCUUGUUGACUCGGUCCGGACGACAUGCCAUGGGAUGCUGUGUCUCCUGCAUCUUUCCACAGUGGAACAUCCAUGCUACCAACCGCAUCAUGAGGGAUCAUCCCGGUCUCACCAAUCGAAUUGUCAUUCGACGACAAAUUCAAGACACGGUCGAAAACAACAAUAACAACAACGAUAACAACAACAACAAUACACAACAACAACAGCAAAGAAUUAGUUAUGCGGGCUUUGAAGUCACCUUUGAAAUAACACCGGCAAACGAAAGUGGUGCACGAGAAGAAGUCUUGUUACGGACCAAGACGUUUCAUUACCACAACAACAACCACCACCACCGGACGUUGGCCACACCCAAUCACGAUGCUGCUGCUGCUGCUGCUGGCUCACCAAAUAAUGAUUGCACUUUUGUCGCAGAAACAAUACCGCCAUCAUCAUGCCAAACUGAGUCAGAAGUCAAGUCAGUAUCCAACUUGAAGACAACAGCAGAGCCAGCGAAAGACGUCAACCACAAACACGACCAUCAUCAUGAAAGAAAUGUAUACGACGACGAAGAGGAAAACCCACUCAUUACGUGCGCCAUUUGCCACACGGAAAUGGAAGACGGAGACCGAGUGGGGGAUCUACCCUGCAAUCACGUCAUGCAUAUCGAAUGCCUCAAGACGUGGAUUGUGAGGCGGAAUGUAUGUCCUCUCUGUUUGGCAGAGAAUAUUGCCACGCCUCGACGACAUAGCAGAGAGAGCAAUAAUCAUGAUGAUAGUACCAUACAUCCGAUAGAUCUGCAUCGACCCGGGUUGGUGGUAACUGGUGAAUGAAUGAAUGAAUGAAACGAUCUGCGAGAAAUAAGAUGCAAAAGUACAUUGUAAACACUAUUACCUACAUGUAACCUAUUAAUACUAGCUAGCGAUGACCUAGCUAGAUACAGCCGUACUAUUAUGCUUUGUGGGUGCACAGGGUUUGCCCAUCAUUUCGCA